AUGUCUUCAGAAAACCGUGCUCCAAACCCAGGGCAGCUCGCGACCAGCCUUCCUGGACUAACGGCCCAUAUCGUGGGCCACGACAAGGAAGGCAAAGCCAUCGUACAGGAAAGCCGCCCCGCCAAAUGGACGGUCUACGACGGGGACCAGAUGGCAUUCAACGUGGUGUACACGACCUCCGAGUUCCCCACCGAUCUCAAUGAAGACAAGGACCUUAAAGCCCACGACAAGCUCAUGUCCACGGGCGGGCUGGGACUGGUCAACGCCAACGGCACAGUCUGCCGCGUGGUGGACUUCGCACCGGACUACGAGUGUAUCAUGCACCGGACUCAGAGUAUUGACUACGGCAUUGUGCUGGAGGGAAGUAUUGAGUUGGUGCUGGACAGUGGAGAGCGGAAGCUGAUGCAGAGGGGAGAUGUGGCGGUGCAGAGGGCGACGAUGCACUCGUGGAACAAUCCCAGUAAGACCGAGUGGGCACGCAUGAUCUUUGUACUUCAGGACUCGCAGAAGUUGGAGAUCGGUGGUCAGGCUCUCAAAGAAGAUUUGGGUCGAGGUAUUGAAGGGUUGCCGUCGAGUGGGAAUGAUGCUUAA